UUGCUUUUGUGUCUGUGUGUUACACUUAUGUGAGAAUACACAAGCACUACAAGCGUUAAAGAAGGGAUACCAGUGUGCAAGAGUGUUGCACUUGGGCAUGAAAAUGGAAUCUCAUUGUCUGGAGCAGGAGCAAUUUUGUUUUAGCUGUACGCCAGUUAAGAGCUCAUUGUCAAGCUCAUCUUUUUCCUGCAACUUUCUGCAGCAUCCAUACAUCCAGCCAGUCUUUUAUAAUUAGCAGUUACUUAGGAGUAUGAAAGAAUUAUUGAGCUACAACAUUUAAACAAGAAUUCUCCUAUUUUUCAUGCCUAAGUGAUGCACGUUACAGUAAAGUUCUCUGGGGAUGUCUAAAGAUCACAUUCCACGUGUGUGUUCUCUCAGUUAUAGGGUAGUCAAAAUAACCAGAGGAUGUACAUGCAUUCCUGGUUGCUUGCACUGUGUCAGUUCAUGUACUUGUGAUUUGCGGUACAUUAAGCUUCUGCAAGCAACAUGAAUUUGAAGGGCUGCCCAGUACUGAAUAUCUGCUCAUAGUGCUUCCUGUAAGGUUACGUACAGGCAAUCUUAAUUAAGGUUUCCAUAUGGAGCAGUGUAAAACUUAACAAUAAAAACAAAACAUCCUCAUUAUAUUUGGAUUGAUUUCCUGCUUAAUGGGGUCAGGAUGUUUGUGUUGUCAAACAAGACUGAAUCAGUUAUUAAUGAGGGAGAUUGCCUCUCAAUUCAAGUCACGCGUGCUUGACACUUAGUACCCGUUUUUUGUGGUAUAUUUUCUCAUCAGCAAGUCAUAUUGUUAACAAUGCAGGACUGUAGAAUGUUUUAAAAGUUUCAUAUUAUUAAUUUCAAUUAUUUAAUAAAUUAUUAUGAUUCAUGAUAAGAGAUUGUGCAUAUUUUUUGCCUUAAAUUCCUCCUAAACUUCCUAUUCAUUCUGCCAUAUUAUGUGAGGAAAAAAAUAUGCCAUUUACACAAUUGCAAAUACUGAGGUGUUUCCUCCAACUAACAGUCAAACCAACUAAAAGAUUUUCCCUCAGCUUGAAAAUGAACCUACAAAAAAGGUUUUCCCUCAGCUCCAUUUUGUAUGCAGAGUGAAACAAAUGGCUGCCAACAUGCUCUGGCGUUGAUUUUCUCAAACUUUUGUCGGCUUUGGCAGUGUAAUUAACUGUUGUUCUUCCAUCUCAAACCAAUGACAAGAAGAUGAAAAUUGACCCUUUUAGUCUGCCCAAUAAUCUCAGGUUGAAGAUAUUUCCACUUUUGGAGGUUGGUACUUUGGAAGGGAAGGCAGGAGCACCUGGUUGUUUACAAAUGGAAGCUAUGUGUGCUUUAAGCAGUUUUCAGUUUUGGGGAUAGUCGAUGCUUUGGGCUGCAGCUUGUUAAGAUUGUUCAAGUUGAAGUCAUCACAUUUCCAGAAUGUCACUAACCCGGAGAUUGGAGAGAUUAAAGUUGGAGGAGAAAGUGGCGAAAUUAGCCCGGGUUCACGAACACCUUUUGCCCGGCGUCAUAGAUUUGGACAUGAUAAACAAACAUGUGUAUGAGCAGGGACCCACGGGUGAAGCAGGGAGAGUUGCCCAAGAGGAGGGCAUAGACCAUGCCGAUGUGACAUCUCUACGUCUGGAGUACCUAAGAAUUUUGAAGAUUGACCAUUUAUGGAUCCUUCCAAAUCUAACAAAACUUCAACUGAACAAUAAUGCUAUUGAGAGUAUUGACAAUCUUCACACCCUAAUUCAUUUAAAGGAACUGGACUUGUCAUUCAACCAUAUUCGAGUGAUAGAAAAUCUAGAAGAUCUCACAAAGCUAGAGGUUUUACACUUUUAUCAAAACCACAUAACACUUCUUGAGAAUUUGGAAAGCCAGAAGAACUUAACUUUACUCAGCCUUGGGCUGAAUCAAAUAGAAGAUUGUGACAAAACUAUCUUAUACCUGCGCCACUUUUCAAAAUUAAAGUCUCUAAAUUUAGGUGGUAAUCCAAUGUGCAAGAGAGAUAAUUUUGUAAAUUAUGUGUAUGCCUUUCUGCCUGGUCUUGUUUUCUUUGAGUAUGCAAUGAUAAGCCAGAAGGAUAAAGAACUCUCAAAGCAAUUGUUUUGGGAGGAGCUGUCCACUUUGGAAAGAGAGGAGGAAAAGUAUCUUGCUGAGACUCAGGCUGCAGAUAAAGAGGCUGCAGAAGUUGAGAUGCACUCAGUAGCUUUUGUGGAGAGGCUGAAUGGCAGCCAGCUAUUUCAUUCUAUGUUUGAAAACGAUCCAGAUGGGCAAGCUCUUGUUAAAAUCAGUGAAGAAACGAAGGAAUUCUAUGAAACAUUUUGUGAAGAGAUGACAGCCCUAUGCAAGGAACUGUUCCAAAUGGGCCAAGAGCAACAUUUGCUUAGGAAGAAAGAGCAUGAUGAUUUCACAAACUGUGUAAAUGCAGCAAAAAUGAAAAGUCAGGAACAAAGUCAGAGGGUUCUUGAAGAUUUCAUAGAAAAACAAAAGGGGAUAAAAGAUCAAGUUGCGCAGAUGUUGAAUAUCCUUUCAUCAACUGAUGCCGAAGAAGACAAUGAUAAUAGAUCUGAAAUAAUAACAGAAUCCGCCCUAGUUAUCUCUAACUGUGUCUCUGAGUUUGAUGAACUUAUCCAAAGUACUUGGCAAACUUUGAUGCAUAAUGAAUUGACUCUUACUGAACAAAUGGAGGAAGUGAACUCCAUGCUGGAGCGAGAUAUGAGUGACAUGGUAAACGUAAUGCUUGAACAGGCAUUAGGGUAUUUUGUAGCUAUGCGUUCUUUACAAGAAUCAUUUAAUGAACAACUCUCAGAGGCAUCACAUCGGUACCAAACUGUUAUUGCUGAUGAUGCUGCGAGUAUUUCUUCCCAAUUAUGUGAGAUAAUGGUUGACAAAGAGAGUUUAAGCAAUGCUCUAGCAAAUUCUCAUGAAAAGCACUUGCUGUUGAUAGACACUAGAGAAGAUACUCUUAUUACCAGAAUAAAGGCCUGGCAUGAAGAAGUUUGUGAAAACUUGCAGAAAAGGGAAAUUGCACGGAGCCGUACUCAAGUUCUUGAGAUCAAUCGAUUUUUGGACUUGCAAAGAGAAGAGUUUGAGGAACUUCUUGCUUCACGUCCAGAAGAUUUAAUGCUCCUGAUGGAAACUCAAGAUCUAGAAAAAAGUAAAGCAAGUACUACCUUGGGAAGUGAAGGAGAGGAGAGGGGGGAAGGCGAGGCAGUUGCAGAAGAAAUCGAAGAGAAACAACUUAGGAGCUCUGAAGAACCUGAUGAUGCACAAACCGAAAUUAGUUUUGGUGGUGACGGCGUUUUGAAUGCUCUCAACCCAGGAGUUCAAACAAGCCACUUAAGCCAACCGAGUCAGAGCUCGCAAUUGGGAAAUAAAGACUAAAUUUUUACACAUAGCAAGAAAAAUAAAAGAAUCCAUCAAUAUUAAAAUGUGCUCUCUGUUUCAUUUUGAACCCUUUGAACGUCAUUGAAAACCGAACGCGCUAAGAGCGCCUUAUGGGUAGGCAAUCAUGCAGCAUCCUUGCUUGAUUGGUGGCCUACUCAGACACAUAAAACAAGGACGUUUCUCAUAAAUUUGCAAUGUUUUGC